AACGAGGGGGGCCAUCUGAGGCAGGAAGUCGUGCUUCCUCGAAGCACAUGACCACAGAAGCCCACGUAGCCAAGGAGGCGGUUCCCGCUAUCGGGGACCUGGGCGACGUGUGUUUUCUAGAGUCUGUGCUGGUGACUUCUGACCCGGAAAUAGAAGUUCUGCGUCCGACCCAACAUGGCGCCUUCCACGCCGCUUUUGGCAGUGCGAGGAUCUGAAGGAUUCUACAUGGUGACUGGACCACCUAGUUUUACUGAGAAUACAACAUUGCAAAGGGACUUCGGGAAAAACUGCAAAGUUUUUGCUUUCAGUAAGGAUGGUACUCUCUUUGCAUGGUGCAAUGGAGAAAAAGUAAAUAUUGUGAAAGUUGCCAGCACUGAAUUACUGCACUCUUUUGAUCUCCCAAAGGCAGUUUGCCUUGAAUUCUCGCCAAAGAAUAAUGUCCUGGCAACGUGGCAGGCCUACACAACUGCUAAAGAUGGCGCAGCAGGCAUGCCCAACCUACAACUUUAUGAUGUAAAAACUGGGAAGUGUUUAAAGUCUUUCAUCCAGAAAAAGAUGCAGAAUUGGUGUCCUUGCUGGGCAGACGACGAAAGUAUAUCUGCUAGGAUCGUAAAUAAUGAAGUGCACUUCUUUGAAAACAACAACUUUGAUACUAUUGCAAAUAAACUUCAUUUGCAAAAAGUUAAUGAUUUUGUGUUAUCACCAGGACCACAGCCAAGCAAGGUUUCUGUUUAUGUUCCUGGAAGCAAGGGUGCACCCUCGUUUGUAAGGUUGUAUCAGUACCCUAACUUUGGUGGCCCUCAGUCUGCAUUGGCCAAUAAAAGUUUCUUUAAAGCUGACAAGGCAACAAUGCUCUGGAAUAACAAAGCUACGGCUGUGCUAGUAAUAGCUAGUACAGAAGUUGAUAAGACGGGAGCUUCAUAUUAUGGAGAACAAACCCUGCACUACAUUGCAACAAAUGGAGAAAGUGCUGUUGUACAACUACCAAAAAAUGGUCCCAUUUAUGAUGUAGUAUGGAAUCCCAAUUCCACAGAGUUUUGUGCUGUGUAUGGUUUUAUGCCUGCGAAGGCAACUGUUUUCAAUCUGAAAUGUGACCCUUUGUUUGAUUUUGGAACUGGCCCUCGUAAUGCUGCCUACUACAGCUCUCCUGGACAUAUCUUAGUACUAGCAGGAUUUGGAAAUCUCAGAGGACAAAUGGAAGUAUGGGAUGUAAAAAACUACAAACUUAUUUCCAAGCCACUGGCAUCAGAUUCUACAUAUUUUGCUUGGUGCCCUGAUGGGGAACAUUUUGUAACUGCUACGUGUGCUCCAAGACUACGAGUUGGUAAUGGGUACAAGAUCUGGCAUUAUACUGGCUCUGUUCUACACAAAUGUGAAGUCUCACCAAAUGCAGAAAUAUGGCAAGUUUCCUGGCAGCCAUUUUUGGAUGGAACAUUUCCAGCAAAAGCAGUAACUUACCAGGCAGUUCCAAGUGAACUGCCAAGUGCUGAGCUGAAGGUUGCCCAAGCUUAUAGACCACCAGCUCUGAGAAACAAGCCUAUAACCAGUUCUAAGCUGCAUGAGGAGGAGCCACCUCAGAACAUGAAACCACAACCAGGAAAUAGUGAUAAGCCAUUAUCUAAGACGGCACUUAAAAAUCAAAGGAAGCACGAAGCAAAGAAAGCGGCUAAACAGGAGGCCAAAACUGAUGGGAGCCAGGAAUCAACACCAUCUCCAGCAUUACAGGAUGUACCAUGCAGCGCUCUGCCUUCUGUGACAUCAGGAGACCCUGAGGUAGACAAAAAAAUAAAGAAUUUGAAAAAGAAACUGAAAGCAAUUGAGCAGCUGAAAGAUCAAGCAGCUACUGGAAAACAGCUAGAGAAAAACCAGUUGGAGAAAAUUCAGAAAGAGGCUGCUCUCCUAAAGGAGCUAGAAGAUUUGGAACUGGGCUUUUAAAACUUUACUCAAAAGGAAUUGGAUUGUUACAUAAAAUUUGUGCAAAAUGAGGUGCGUUUUAACCUGAAAAGAACAAAGAAUAUCCUUCAACUGCAAUUGGCUGAGGAAGGACAAAUUUACAUAUUUGCUGCACAUCUACAUUUGUUAACCCUUUUUUCUGAAAUCUGCGCAUGUGCAAAAUUGUAAUCAAACAAUGUAUGUUCAGUCAGUCAUUCCUGCUUCCAUUCAAAACCAGAAACACAUUCACUCACAGUUUUAAAACAGUGUUGCUUAAAAAUCAAAACAAGUAUUUUUUGUGUGUGUGUGUGUGUGUGUGUGUUUGGCUUUUUGGUUGGUCUACCAAUUUGAUAGCUUUAUUAAACUUAAGAUACAUGUGACCCUUAUGCAAUAAUAGGAUUGCAGACAAUAAUAAAGAGCAUUUAACAUUAAAGAAUUGUUGGUUUUGUGUUACCAAGUCAGAACUUGUAAAAUGUACCAACCAUUUCCAAGUUAUCGCAAACCAUCAACUUGAAAUCUAGUAAAUUUCUAAAAAUAAGUUUAAAGUAUUUUCAGUUGCUACACCUGUCUUUCCCCAUACCAAUUUAUUGUGGUUUUGCAAUCACAUUUCCCUUUUUUUUUUUUUUUUUUUUUUAAAUCCUUUCCCCUUUUGCUGGAUUUUUGUAUGUGAUCCACACAAACAAAAAGGAAAACAGAUUAUAGGAGGAAACCACUGAAACUGACUCUACACCGGGUGCUAUCAAAUGCACAAAGUAAACUGA